GUAAGAGUGAAGUCAGGGUAAAGUGACAGCCUUCCCAGGAAGAAAGCCUGGCAGUGACCUCCAUGCGCUGGUUGAUGUGGUACUCCAGCCUUUCCCCGGCACCUAUGCCAUGUGGCAGACAGACAUCUACCGACUUCCUCCUGCCCCUUCCAUGAAGCCCAGAGGCUGGCACCAGGAUCUCAGACAAAUGCUUGCAGAUCCAGGGCGGUUUCAGAGAAGGAAAGUUCCUCCGAUGGAACAAGGGACAGUCCUUAUACUGACAAUUAACAGCGGGCCACAAGAGCUAUGGUUGGCACAUGGUUUCCUGGUUCCACAAUGCCUCCCCUUACCAGUCUGAUAAUUAAGAUUACUGGACUCCACCCCCCUCCUAUGAUUUAGUAGGUUUCAGUGAUUUUUGACCUUGUUGGGGAAACUACCGCUUUUGGUCAUUUCAUCCUUUCACUCUGCACCUAACCCCUUAGGAGGAAGUUGAAGCUUCAGGCUGAGGGUCUUGCCUUGGACCUCAUGGGAACUAGACUGAGGGGUGGGCCAGAGUCCCAGAUCAUGCACAGCUUCCAACCUGAUGCCCGUUGAGUUGGAGGUUUGGAGUGCCCAGGUGCCUGGGGUCCCCUGCUUAAUGAGGUUUGACAUCUACAGGAAGGUGCCCAAGGAUCUCACGCAGCCGACAUAUACUGGGGCCAUUAUUUCUAUCUGCUGCUGCCUCUUCAUCCUCUUCCUCUUCCUCUCGGAGCUCACCGGAUUCAUAACAACAGAAGUCGUGAAUGAGCUCUACGUCGAUGACCCGGACAAGGACAGUGGGGGCAAAAUUGACGUCAGCCUGAACAUCAGUUUACCCAAUUUGCACUGCGAAUUGGUCGGGCUCGACAUACAGGAUGAGAUGGGCAGGCAUGAGGUGGGGCACAUCGACAAUUCAAUGAGGAUCCCAGUGAACAAUGGGGCCGGCUGCCGCUUUGAGGGGCAUUUCAGCAUCAACAAGGUCCCAGGCAAUUUCCACGUGUCUACACACAGUGCUACAGCCCAGCCACAGAACCCGGACAUGACCCAUGUCAUCCACAAGCUCUCCUUUGGGGACACACUGCAGGUCCAGAAUGUCCACGGAGCUUUCAACGCUCUCGGAGGAGCAGAUAGACUCACCUCCAACCCUCUCGCCUCCCACGACUACAUCUUGAAGAUCGUGCCCACGGUGUACGAGGACAAGAGUGGCAAGCAGCGGUACUCCUACCAGUACACGGUGGCCAACAAGGAGUACGUAGCCUACAGCCAUACAGGACGCAUCAUCCCUGCCAUCUGGUUCCGCUAUGACCUUAGCCCCAUCACGGUCAAGUACACAGAGAGACGGCAACCUCUGUACAGGUUCAUCACCACGAUCUGUGCCAUCAUCGGUGGGACCUUCACUGUCGCUGGCAUCCUGGACUCCUGUAUCUUCACAGCCUCGGAGGCUUGGAAGAAGAUCCAGCUGGGCAAGAUGCAUUGAUGACCCACUGGGCCCAAUGGCCAAGGACCCAGGGAGACCGCCAGCCCUGCUUCCAGUGCCCUGUCUCCUCCUGCCCUCUUAUCUGGCCCAGGAUCUGGUUGGGGAAGGUCGGGGGUGGCUCACGGUUUUGCAGCUACCUCUUUUCCCCAUCUUUAAUUUUAGAUGAAUUCCACUGCCUGUGGUUGUGGUGCCCCUUUUCCUGGGGAGCUCCAAGACCAGAGUCAGGCAUAGUGGGUUCGAGGACAUCAGGGACCAUUCCCUGGAGGGCUACAGUUCCUUCCUUCUUAGGGGAACAGCCCAGAAUCCACGUCGACCAGGUCUCAGCCAGGCUUUGACAAUCUUGAAGCUCCCACCAUUUGGAUGCACCAAUCACUGGGUUUCUUUCCUGGGCAACCAGCCUGCAGACCAGGCUCUUGGCUCUGGACCACUCUGCCCAAAGGUGCCUCCGCUCGGCGCCUUCAACAAAGAAUGGAACUUCCCAGGCGAGCCCCUGAGAUGUGGCGCCGUAGAUGGAACCCUCUCUUUUGCUGUGUCCCUUCUUGCCCAUCCUGGAAUCUGGCCCUGAGUCCCUCACCCCCACCCAUUUCUUUUUCUCCUGUGAGGCAGAUGCCCAGUGUUUGGGUAGCAGUGGUGGUGACUUGGGUCUGCCCAUUGGAAAUGGUGGAUGGCGAGUUCCCCUUCCUCUCUUCACCUUGUUUUUCUCUGGACCCCCCCCCCCCACCAAUGUGCCUCAGCCCCUGUGCUGUGUGGCAACAGCAUCUCUUGGUGGAAGGGCUGGUUUUAACCUGGGAGACAUCCUUUGAACACCAGACAUGGUUUGCAUCCUUCUGUCCCAGACAGAAAGCAUCCUUCUCUGCAGCCCUAAAAUAAUCAUGUCUCACCAUCUUCCAGAGAGUUGCUGUCAGGCCAAGGCCUUAGGUGGGGGAAGCGAAGCAGACCAGUCCUUCUCCUGUCUUUGAACAUCUAUCUUCCAGGCUCCCGAGGGGUGCACAGCACUCGGACUUCUCUGCAGCCCAGUUGUGGCCCACUUGCCACUGAGUUCCCCCAUCACGGGCCACACAUGUGUUUCUGGUCCCUAGGGCAGCUCCACUGUCUUCCCACUUCUCCAGAGGUAGAUCCCUACCCUGCUACUCAUGCUCAUCCUUUCCCUUUAGUCCUGAAAGGGAGCGGCAAUGGUUCAGGCAUGAAUUCCACCCAGGGAAUUUUAGGUACGCCCUUGUGUCCCAGGGAGAGAGCUGCCUGCCUGUUUUCCAUUUAUAUCAAGAUUGUUUGAAUACUUUUGUAAUUAAGGAGUGUGUCCAGUGGAAGUUUUUAAAUGAUCUAUAUGGAUAGCUCAAGUCUUUGCCAUUUGUAAUUUUUGGCUUUGGAUUCCAAUUAGAAAAGUGUCCCCUUCUGCAUAUGAGUUGACUGAUGUUGUGAGUGUAAACUGCAUUUGGUUAUCUCUGCUAUCUGUGGCCACUUGGAUGGAUUUUUUUUUUUUUUCAUUUUCUGUUCCACAGUUACUUAAAGGAGUCUCUUUGGUAUGUGAAUACCUGCACCUGGAGAGGGUGGGCAGGGUGGGGCGGGGAAAUGUGUGGCAUGCACAUGAGUUGAAAUUCCACUUUUAUGCUUUUUAAAAAACAAACAAACUCUUGAGGACAUGAGAGCUGUCGGUUUCCUAUGGAAGAGACACCUCUGACCCAUUACUCUUAAAAUCUCAAGGGGGAAAAAUGGUUUAAUUCUUUCCCCACUCAUUGGGCUCAAGUAGAUUAAAAGGCUGAUUUUCAGAAGUA